AUGAUGAAUCGUAUCCUACUCAUUGCCAUAUUGGCACUCAGUCCGGUAUCUUAUGUGGCUGGUAACCAAAGAAAGAUUGUCCGUCUUGCCAAGUGCUUUGCGAACGAUGAUGACACUGAUGGCACUCGAUUCUUGGCUGGACACAUGGGCAAUGGCACUGGUACUUUGGCCUGUCUCGGCAAUGUAAGUGCCUGCUUCGAUGAUACUACCGUCGAGACUGUGAAGACAUGCAUCCAAGAUGGCGUCGCUGCCAAUAACACUGGCUCCCGUUUCUUAGCCGGACAUACCGGUGGCGACGGCGACGAAGGAAACGGCGAAGGUUUUGGUAUGGGUGGCUUCCGUCCUCAAAAGGGCAGUGGCCGAGGUGGUGCACUAGCAGGCAUUGUACAGGGCUGCCUUGAAGAAUACAAGGAUUGUAUGAAAGAAGAAGUCCGAACCUUCAUCAGAGAAAAGCUUCCAGCUUGUGUAAAUACAACCACAGUUGCCCUUGGUGAAUGCUACAAGACUAACGCUGAUACUUGUAGCGACAGUUGCUCUCAAGCCGAUAUCCCCGAUUCCAAUCCUUUUUCAGGUGCUUCGUCCACAGGAGUCAGGGCCUGCCAAGGGUUUCAAAAUCAGAUCAUGAACCCAUCUUGUGACAUUAUCGACUGCUGCCCAGAGUGUGAAACUGAGUUCAGUGACCUCCUGACCUGCGUCGGCCAAGAGCUCCUAGAGUUGCAGCCCGAACCUUGUGAAUUGACCUGUCCUUCCGAAAGUACUCGCCGCAAGCUUAGUACUUCCAGCGAGCUCAGGCAAUAUGCCACGCGGAAGUUGGCUGGACACGUGGCCACUGAACCCGAUGCCGCCAUUGUUGUGGACGAGUGUGCUGUCUACUUGGAUACGGAAGAAGAAGCUUUGACUUCGGAUGCUGUUACUGACAAAAUUUUAGAUGGUGAAUUCAUCAGCUGUGUCGCUGAUGUUGCCAUUCUUGUUGCGGAGGAGCAGAAGGAAUUCGCCAUGGACCAUAACAAUGGUGACCAGAGCGCCUCGUCUUCCAGAAACAGUGUGAUGAGCGUGACUGUCUUCGCUGCUGUCUUUCUUGGGCUUGUCGGCUUGAUGUAG